AUUUGUGCUGGGACUGGAAGCUAAUCAUUAAAAGGCGCUGCUUACAAUAAAUGCUGUCUCACACCUCGCACUUUCGCCCCUUUAGCAGCAAGUGCUGCUGAUUCACGUCUGAGAGACACUUCGACAAGGAAUUGGCUGGGAGUUUAAGUUGCAUUUCCUGUGAACCUUCAGUCCUUGAAAUCUAAGAUGGCUUCCACUCUCCUCUCUCGGCAACUAACUUAUGUAUUGCAGCAAAACCUGAAAUUUUCACUGCCCCGAUCUCGAUAUGUUAGUCAGCCGGCGAACAAGACAGACGUGGAUGUUGAGUUUGAUGGACCGUUGAUGAAAACGGAAGUACCAGGUCCGAAAUCACGGGAGUUAAUGAAGAAGCUGAAUGAGUUGCAGAAUCAAGAGUCAACAACAGUGCUGUGGAUCCAGAGUCUCAUGCAGGCAAGGCCAGGUUACAACCAUCCUGCGCUGGUUAAACUGCUGCAGAAUCCACAGAAUGUGAGUUCAUUCAUAAACAGACCUGCCCUGGGAUGCCUGCCUCCUGAGAAUUAUGUUCAGAAGCUGUCCGAGACGCUGCUUUCAAUCGCUCCAAAAGGUUUGAAGCAAGUACAAACUAUGUCAUGUGGCUCCUGUUCCAAUGAGAAUGCCUUCAAAGCAGCUUGUAUCUGGUAUCGAAACAAGGAAAGAGGCAAUGCUAUACAUACAAAGGAGGAGCUGGAAUCUUGUAUGAUCAACCAGGCACCUGGUAGCCCUGAUAUAACUAUUCUAUCUUUCAUGGGUGGCUUUCAUGGAAGAACAUUUGGUUGCUUGACAGCAACCCAUUCUAAGGCUGUCCAUAAAUUGGACAUUCCAGCAUUUGAUUGGCCCACAGCACCAUUUCCAACACUGAAAUAUCCUCUGGAAGAGUUUGUGAGCGAGAACGCACAAGAGGAAGCUAGGUGCUUGGAGGAGGUGGAAGACUUAAUAGUAAAGUUCAGAAAGAAGGGUAGAAAUGUGGCUGCAAUAAUUGUCGAGCCAAUCCAGUCUGAGGGGGGAGACAACCACGCAUCAGAUGACUUUUUCCAGAAAUUGCGUAACAUUGCCAAAAAGCAUGGCUGUGCUUUCUUGUGUGACGAAGUACAGACGGGAGGCGGCAGCACUGGCAAGUUUUGGGCUCACGAGCACUGGGGCCUGGACGAUCCAGCAGAUAUUGUCACCUUCAGUAAGAAGUUGCUGUCAGGAGGCUACUUCUACAAGGAUGAGCUAAGGCCUGACAUGCCCUACAGGAUUUUCAAUACAUGGCUUGGAGACCCUUCAAAAAAUCUCAUGUUUUCUGAAGUACUUAAUGUUAUUAGGAGAGAAAAACUCUUGGACAAUGUCAAUGAAAGUGGCAAGGUCCUAUUACAGGGUCUUAAGGAUUUACAGGUUCUCUAUCCACACAUUUUGAGUAAAGCCAGGGGGAAGGGGACAUUCUGUUCUAUAGAUGCACCCAACGAUGCAAUAAGGAAUACACUUGUUCUGAAAAUGAGAAAUAAAGGUAUUGUACUUGGAGGCUGUGGAGAAAAGUCUAUUCGGUUCCGUCCUGCUUUGAUAUUCAAGCCACACCAUGCACACCUCUUCCUUAAUGUUUUCAGUGAUGUUCUGGCUGCCCACAAAUGAAUCCAUGAUGCAGCAGGCAGCACAAAAGGAUCCACAAUCCACAAUUAUACUAUUCAAUAGAUUACAUGCUAGUGAUCUUACAAAUUAUCUGACCAGUUGUUCAACAUUGACAUCAACAGUUUAUGCCUUUUUUUAAUUUUUUUUAAAGCAAUAAGGGCAUAUUUGAUCUCUACAGCCCUUUCAAAUGUGUAAUUUGUGUAUCAUUUAACAAUCUGUGAAUAUACAGCUAAUAACAUUACAUAUAGUGUUAAUUUUCCAUCAUAAGAUGCUUUGUGUAUAAUGGUGCAACUUGAAAACAAUACUACAUUAACUUCCAUAAUCAGGUCCAUAAUUAGUCACCAUUUUUGAAAUUUUUACUGAUAUUUUGUAUCACGUGAUGGAUGUCAAUUAAUAGCAUUUAUGACCUAUAGUAGGACAUUUGCGAUCUGUUCUAAAAUGCUGCACACACUCCCUUGUGAAUUAAUGGUGGAUUAUAUCAAAAUAAUUUCCAUUCAGUUUGAAACAUGUCAUGCAUUUACUGUCAAAAUUACCAGAAAGCCUAGUUGCUUGAGUAAGAUGUCUUAAGCUUGGUCAGUUCACCGUAUAUAGAAAUUGAUAUAAAUUUAUUCACCAUGGCCAUCUGUAUCUUCCAAUAAAACCUAGUUUCUUGAAAUGAUAUAUAUUGUUGAAAAAGAUGAUCUACAAUUUUAUCCUAUCAUUAAACUAAUAGAAUACA